GGCCAGAUCAUCUGCGGCAUGGCCCCGGCCGACGUGGCGAGCAUUCCGGCGGCGCGCUUCAAGGAGGCCAUGACGGUGCUCUCCGAGGUCUACUGGUGCAAACAAGCCGUCGCCGAGAAGUUGGCCGAUAAAGCCGUCGCCAUCUACGGCGAACCAUCCACCUGGGGGAUGAGUGAGGUGGCUGGCGUGGGAGCGGUGAUUGGCGGGCUGGAGGCGAUGAAGCUGAAAAGCAUCAAGGACGAGUCGAUGCGAGGACUGAGCGCCGAUGGCAUGAUGAGCAUCCCGCCCAGCAAGAUCGCGGGGCUGACGAAGGCUCAGGUGCUUGAGCUGUCCACGGAGGCGGCGCUCGCGAUAAGUGACGAACAGAUGGAGAAGCUGCCGGAUGACGCGAAGGAGGCACUGCUCAUGGUUUUCGAGGAAAACUUGAAGUCCAGGAGCGCUCGCUCAGCGGCGGCUGGGCUCUCUCUGCUCCUGCUGGGCGUUUUCGCCGCCCGUCUGGCUUAAAGCCGGGCGGAGCGACCGGCGCGCAGCCAGCCGACGCCGGCACCCGCCGACAGAGCUUCGGUCGUCGACCGCCGCGGCCGGCGGCGCUAGCGUCGCGCCUGGAAGCCGGCGCAAGCACGCUGGCUUCCGGGCUGCUGCCGGAGGAGGCUGAGUGCGCGGGGCAGCCGCUGCAAGCAUGCUGCUAGCUUGAUUUUCGGGAUCUCUGAGCGCGCAAGAACAAUGAGGAGAACGUUUGAGCGUGCCGAUGGCCCGGAUAGGGUUUUGGGCUCUGCAAUCUGCAGCGGUCAGCGUAUCCGCUAGCACGUAGACCCAAGGCUUUCUGGCCGAUUGUUGUGAUAGGGCCGGAUAUGCCAAGGUUGUUGGGCAAAGCCAGCCGUUUUCUGUGUGCUGCUUCUGCUCCAGAUGUCCCUUACGUCACGGGAUCUGGUUCAGACUUCUGUACCAGUGUGGAGCUCUUAUUUUUCCCAUACCCGUGCUUCAUGUGCAACGUCUCUGGCGUGGAAACUAACCCUUGAAAAGACCGGCUUUUCGGCUUGAGUCUGACUUUUUGGCCGCCAGAUGCCACGGUUACAUCGGGCGGGGCCAUUGCGACGGCAGAGGCUCCGGGGGACGCCUGUGCUGUGCGCCCGCCUGUGUCGUUAACGGACGCGUUAGCUGCGUUUGCCGUGUCGCAAUUGUACCUGUCGUUAACUGUCGCGCGCCGCACGCCGCCGUGCCCGCUCGCCUCGGGGCACGG